GCAGGUUUGGUUGUAUAUGCUGUGUUUGGCAAGUGACCUGGCUGUGUUAUGAUCUUUUCUACCAUGCUGAUCAUCGGAAAGCGAAGUGUGCUGCCAUCCGAUGCUCAAUGCUGGUUUUCUGACUUGGCCGAAGGAUGCUCAACCUAAUCGUGUUACGUUCAUGCUUGUUUGAACGUUUGAUUGUGUUGUACCAUGGUGAUUUCAGGUCGAGCUGCUUCCAGAAGAUUCACUGAAUCUUGUUGAUCGAAUGAUCUUUCUGUGGCAAUGGCUGAUCUUCCUGAAUCGGAUCUUUCAAGCCCUCCAGGUCCAAAUGGGAAUCGUGGAGACGGAAUGGAGGCUCCCCCUGCAAAUGCAGAGGCACCCUAUUUUGAUGCUGCUAGCGCAUCGUACCGACAAUUUAUGAACCGUCCACUUACUCCAGAGCUUGGUCCGCUUGGAGACAAUUGGGAAAAGGCCUUCACUGAGAAAGGAGAGCCAUAUUUUAUUGAUAAAACCACUCGAACUUCGUCUUGGUUAGAUCCGAGACUUUCACAAAUUCAGAAACAGAAUCUCGAAGAUUGCGCUGAUGAUGAGCUGCCAUUUGGUUGGGAAAGAAUCGAUGAUCCCCAUUAUGGGGCGUAUUACAUUGACCAUGUAAAUCGGAAGACGCAAUAUGAAAAUCCUGUUCUGCAAGCAAAGCGCUUGAAGCAAGAACGAGAGCAGAUGAUGGGCCCUGACCAAUUGAACGAAGAUUACAGAGGAACAAAUCAACCACCUUACUACUGUAACACUGAUCCAAAUGAAAUCAACGGCAAUGUGCCUCAUCAAUUGAUUCAUCAGUCCGAGCCCAGAAUGCCCCAAGGGCGACUGUUCUUCACCCGAGAUCCUAACCAACUCAUGGGCAAUAUUAUUCAUUCGUCUUUACUGAAAGGACCUCGAGGACUUGGCUUCACUAUAGUUGGUGGUGAUGAUCACGAGGAAGAAUUUUUACAAAUCAAAAGUGUGGUUCACUAUGGACCUGCCUGGGAAGAUGGACGAUUGGAGACUGGAGAUGUAUUGGUUUAUGUUAAUAAUACAUGUGUGUUGGGAUUCACACAUCAUGACAUGGUUAGCAUGUUCCAAGCAAUUGGUGUUGGAGAACGCGUGAACUUGACUGUUUGUCGGGGGUAUCCACUACCUUUUGAUCCAAAUGAUCCCAAUACAGAAAUUGUUACCACUGUUGCGGUCAGUUCUUUGGAUGGUCCACACAAUAUGCGUUCGAGUGGAUAUGAUCGACGGCAAGAUGGCCCUGAUGGAGUGGAGAGUACAAAUCAUUCAGAUGACAGCAUGAGCAGAUCUGCUAAAUCCAUGCCGGAUCUCACGAAUGAUGCAAAAGACAGACGUCCUGAUGGUAGCCACAUGAGACCUGGAAGUGCUGAUCUCCUCGUUCGUUCAGGGGAAAGUGCAAGUGAAGUGCAAGUCGGCCCCACUGCUGAACAUUUCACUGUCCUGAUAAUUAAGGGUGCGCAUGGCUUUGGUUUCACAAUUGCAGACACUCCUUAUGGGCAACUGAAAGUGAAAAAAAUACACGAUCGAGUCCGAUGCAAAAAUCUGCUGGAAGGAGACAUUCUGUGCGAAAUCAAUGGCAUCGAUGUGCGUGGAAUGUCUCGUUCAGAUGUAGUGCAAGUGUUGUCUGAGUGUCCCAUGGAGGAAGAAGCAAGAAUUCUCAUAUUCCGUAGCGUGUACCGGUUCCGACGCGGCGAUGGUGAUAGUGGAGCUAACUCUGACUCUGGAAUCGGGCGUAGUACAAAACCCGCCGGGUUUGGAUUGUUCCGAAGCAAAACUCCUACAGCAGACUUAUACCGUACUGAACCAAGAGAAAUUAUUCCGCACCGACCAAAAACCCCAUUGUUGGACAUACGACUGCAGAAUAAGAGCGGGAAUCUGAAUAGUCCAAACAAACAGUUUCCGGGAGCGUUUUCAUAUUCUAGUGGAUUCGUGCCAAAAUCCAGUGAACCUGAGACCACUCGUAGUGGUAAUGUUGCUUUCUUGGCUCAGCAGUUCAGUGCGGCGCACAUUUCGUCAAGAAAUGUUCAGCCUGGUGCGUCUGUGACGAAGGAAGCGAUUUCGGACAACACUCAUUCCUACGGAGGUUCAGCUUGUUAUGGUUUUGAUGAAGAGAAGCCCGAUGACUCUAACCAUGGCAGAAAUCAGUUGGAUUAUCCCGCCAACGACCCCUACACCAGAGAUUUUUUUCAAAAUCAGCAAGAGUUUUACCCGCAACAUGGACCGCAAUCCCCACCGGGUGCCGAAAUGUAUCAACAGCAGUACCUUGGCCAGUACUUCUACAGUUCAGCGGAAACUGGUGAAUAUGGAAUGGAUGGACCGUACGGACACCACGAUGUCUCUGGCUCAGGUUACAACAGCGUGAACCGUGACUAUCCAAAUCAUGAUUACGCUUACAGGAAUGGCUAUUCUCCUCGAGCUCAAUAUGUCUCACCUCAAGUUCGGAAGGAAAGCACAAGCUUCGAGCAUGAGCAGCCAUCCCCAAGUCCUCUCGUUCGGAUCCCGAAAGAUUUGAUGCACGGUCGUCAGGUGACGUUUGGCAACCGUGCACGAGGGGCUAUAGACUACGUUGACACUGUGAUCACGUUGCCUCGAAUGGACGAGGGCUUCGGAUUCCGAAUACUGGGUGGCGCAGAAGAAAGCUCGCAGGUGUCCAUCGGUCAGGUGCUUCCCGGAGGCGCAGCCGCAGCUGACGGUCGGUUACGUCAUGGUGACGAGCUUGUUGCGAUCGACGGUCACUCCGUUAUCAAUGCCUCUCAUCAUCACGUUAUUAACUUGAUGUCAGCGGCAGCAGUAAACGGUCGUGUGUCCUUGACUAUCCGAAGACCUGCAUCAAAUCCGAACACACAUUUCUCUCCAGAGCAUGCCGGCCGAGUAGAUAUAUACCCGUACGAUGUUACGGUAACUAGGAGAGAGAACGAAGGUUUCGGUUUUGUGAUCAUUUCUUCGCUCGCGAAAGCCGGCUCCACCAUAGGGAGAAUAAUCGAAGGAAGUCCAGCGGAACGGUGUGGCAAGCUGCACAUUGGCGACCGGAUCUUGGCGGUGAAUGAGCAGAGUAUUUUACAUCUCCCGCACGGUGACAUAGUUUCCAUGAUCAAAGAUUCCGGCUACUCAGUCACGCUUCGGAUUGGUCCACCUCAAGCGGAUGACAAUUCCAGCACCGCAUCAACCUCGCACAGGGGUGAAUCGGAGGGAAUAGACGAAGAGUAUUAUUCGGUGGAGCUUGCUCGUGGGGAAAGAGGCUUCGGUUUUUCGAUCCGCGGUGGUAAGGAGUUCAUGAACAUGCCUUUGUUCGUGCUGAGAAUGGCCGAAAAUGGUCCCGCAGCAUUGGAUGGACGUCUGAAUGUUGGCGAUCAAAUAAUUGAAAUCAAUGGCAUGAAUACAAAAGACAUGGCGCAUGCGGAUGCUAUCGAGCUAAUCAAAGCUGGACCUACUGUUCGAUUGGUCGUGAAACGAGGAGUUGGAGUUCUUCCGGCGGCCUUAGAGACUGCAGGUUCACUUGCCGGAUCCGGAAUCAUCGGAGCUGACUCAGAUGAGCCACCGUCUCCCGGUCCGGGAACAGCUCACUUCGGGAUGGCUUAUCGACCGCAAAAAGUUAGCCCGCAGCACACGUAUUUUUACCCACCUCAUAUGAACGGGCCAAACGUGGCGAUGUCGGAUUAUGGGCCUGUGAACGGACAAGCGAAUGGACAGCUCAUGCCCGGUAGUCACAUGGCGGUUCACUCGAAGCCAUACAGUGAAAUCCCCAUCGGGAACGGAGGCGACCAAAAUAUUAUGUACAAUUCCUACUGGGACUACAACGGCCCAUCCUCGCCGAGUAAACGAUGAGCGUUUUCCUUGUUUUGGCUAUGUUUUUCAAGUGAGACCCUCAGGUGGAAUUAGUGAGACCUGAUCGACCACACCACCAUGCCGAAACUGGAUCCCUCUCCCCGAAAAAAGAAAACAGUUUCGCGUUUUGCUAGUCUUCCCGCGAGGCAUUCCUCCGCUUUGAAUAUCUUAUGCUGAUCGAUAGACAAGCUAUGGGAGCAAAAGUUGUUCCUCCGCAAAAGGUGUUCACUCGGAGGUGUUCGUGCGCUUUUGGAUUGCGCUCUGGCUUCCGAGAGGACUUCAUGGCACGAUCGGGUUGUUGUGUUUUGUUCUAUGCUGAGGUCUGGCCAUACUGAGUAGUGUUGGUCCUCGUUAGUGGGAGGAAUUUGUGAGAUGUGAUCUUCCCCAGUUUUUUGAGUUUUUAAUCGGUAAGAAAGAGAAAGAACGUCAGUCAUUUGGCUGACAAUCCCACGGUUAGCGGUCGCUUGUGACGGAUUGUUUUUGAGAAGGAGAAGUGGGUUUGUACAUAAUCGUUAGAGAUUGUGCAUGGUUGACCGAUUCAUGCGUGAAUUUUGUUUUUUGGAUGAGUUGUAUGCUAUUUUUUAUGUUCGGAAUCAGAAAAAUGUCAUAUUUUUCGUAAAUGUGUUGGUCGGCUACAGUGGAAAUCCCAUUCGAAAAGUAUGAUACGUGCGCUUCACCUGGAACCUUGGGUUUUCCCGGUUUACGAUGCGUUUCGUCUUCCUCUACGUCUACGCAAAUUGCUUUAAAGACUUAUUUUAUAUAAUUAGGAAUGUUGGGAACUUUAACCUGAUGUUUUGUAAGGCAAGGUUCAGAUUUUCUCGAAGAAGAGUGGGAAACGGGUCACGAAUCUUCGAGCAAUUUCUUGUGAAAGAUCUCUUUUUGUUUUCUUUGGAACUGUAGACUUGACUGGUUCGUUUUACUUUAUUACGAAGCGACGUACCUCCUCAUUCAAAGGAGUUUCGGAUAGCGGCGAUUGGGAAUCGUUCGUCGCAGUGGUUUGGAAAAUAAUCGAAGUGCCUUCAGAUUUGUUUCUGAGCCGGACUUUUUGCUAUGAUGUGCAUUUAGUUCUGGUCCCGGCUAUCAUUGCGAGGUGAUCUAUUGCUCAUGAACCGCGUUUACUUCUCGGGUCUCCGCUGGGGGUUCAUAUCCCCUUUCGUGACCCGGUUGACGUGAGGCGUUGCGAGACGCAACCUUGAAGAUUUGCUGACUCCAAGUAUCUAGCGUGUCGCCGAGCAUUUGUCGGAUAAUGGACUGCAGUUUGACUGGAAAGCUAGUAUUUUCUUGCGUGCCUUACAGUGCAGUUCAGAGCUUGGUUCCGUUUCCGAAAACAGCUGGCUGAAGUUUCCGUAGAUGCGGGAGCUAUCCGAUCUGGGUGAUAUGGUAACUUAUUUUUCGAACUCCCGAGAGCGUAUCUGUGUUCUCAUGUUAUCCCGUGGCCGCUUAAUCGUGCGUUUGGCCAUGUUUGUUUUUCAUUUUAUUUACUGGCCGAUCACAUUUGAUGUAUAUAUUUGGAUACAUCGUAUUCCAACUUGUCAAUCUCGUAUACGUUGGCUUCUGACCGUGCUCCAGUUUCCUUGCUUGAAAUUCUUGAAGCAUUCUUCUUUAUGUCUGCAGUUGUUUCUGUCGUCUGCGCUGAUUUUUGUUGGUACAAAACCCUCAAGUGGUACAUUUUCUCUACUGAAUCUCUGGUCGAGCCCCGAUUCGAAAUUGUUAGUUUUCGUCCGCGAGGGUUUUUUAAAGCAAGAUGAAGUAAAAAUGAGUUUAUUUGGGUACAAGCUAUGACAUUCGUUCGUCCUCUUUCGAAGAGAAUCUUCUGUGUGCCUGCACUGUCCGAGCCUCACAAGCUUCAAAUCCCGG